AAAAAGAUUGGAUGGCACCAAACGGGAGAAGGAAGAGCGUGAGCGGAAGCGUGGUAAGGCCUCCGCCGCCACCGAAGCUAGCGAAGGAGUCACUGCAUAGGACCCUAUCAGACAUAUCACUGAACUUCCACAGAGAAGAGAAAGGACUGGGGACGAUAACAGAGGUGGAGAAGGCAAAGUGCGAGUGCUGCGGGAUGAAGGAGGAUUGCACCAUGGAGUACAUAGAGAAGGUGAGGGAGAAGUUCUUGGGGAAGUGGAUUUGCGGUCUCUGCUCAGAGGCGGUGAAGGAGGAGAGAGAGAAGAAGGAAGAGAAUGGGCUAGAAGGGGCCUUGAAGGAACAUAUGAGUGCAUGCCUAAGGUUCAACAAGCUUGGGAGGGAGUAUCCUGCUCUCUUUCAAGCCGACGCCAUGAGAGAUAUGCUAAGGAAAAGCACGAGGAGGAGUCAGUCUAUCGGCUCUAAACCUAUGUCUACUAUUCACAAUAAGCCUGCCAUUUCCCGCACUUCAAGUUGUAUGCCUGCCAUCACCAGAGACCUUAAUUAAUCAUUUCACUCUC